AACAAUAGGAAUGAGAGUGGCGCUGGAUUCGUUAACAAUUGACCCGAGUGUGGCCGUAAUGAUCAAACCGGUGUCGAGCAAUUAGACACUAGCGAAUAGGAACUUGAUAUCGUAGUGCGGCGAUCCAUCUAUUAUUUAUCAGCGCGGCGAUUCUUUCAAAGCGCAACCGCGGUCAGCAUAUACAUCAGUCGCAGAAAUGGCUCAAAUGGAGAAUCAUCAGUUAAAAACAGUGGAUGUGGAAAAUAUUGAACUUACACCAAGGAAUCAACUGUUAAAUGAAGUGGUUUUCAAACCAAGAAGAAAGAGGAAAAAUAGAUUGUUACUUUUUGGAGGGCUCGGGUUUCUUAUUUUAGUUCUUGCAUGCGUGCUUGCGUAUUUCGCUACCAAAUUAUUGGCGUCUCCUACAACAGUGGAGCUCUCAGCUACAGCUUCAACACCCGCCACACAUGAACGGGUAAACCCAACAACCGAAUACAAAGUGAACGAAGAUACGAGAAUAACUUACAAGCCACCACAGGAACCUCAUAUCACAAGUACAUCAUACUCUACGAGGAUUAUACCACCCAAUCCGAAACCUACGUCACCGGGGACGUCAGAGGGAACACGUGACCGGACGACAAUAUAUGAAGUGACGUCACAUCCCCUUAAAGUUGAAACAACGAAGAAGGCGAUACGAACAAGUGGCGUCACAAUGAAACCGACGAGUGAUGACGUAACGACGCCAAAAAUACCUGACGCCACGAAUAAAGUGACAAACUAUGACGUCAUCACUAAACCGACAACAAAUUACGUCACAACAAAAAUAUCACAGAGUAGUACAACGAAAAUAACAGAUUAUGAUGUCACAACAAAACCGAAUCUACAAAACACUACAGUUGUUCCACUAACCGAUGACGUCACGACCAAAAGUAAGCAAAGUGACGUCACAACACCACACGUCACAUCCCCUCGACCACACGAGAUAUCAACAUCACGUGGCGCUGGUGAAACUACGUCUCAAUCUGGUGGAGCCAUAACCACCAUAUCAUCUCAUGUCAAUGUUACGACAUCUAUGUCUGGUGUAAUGACGUCACAUGCACCAUCCGAUGACGUGGCCACAAAACCGCUCAAUGACGUCACUACGAAGCUAUCUACAGUUGCUAUGGAAAAUAUCUCCAAUGCAACAAAAGUAAAUUUAGACAGGCACGUCACGGCAACCAAUAACGUCACUUCAGCAACUACAGCUAAUGACGUAAGAGCAACAACAGUGGCCAGUGACGUCACAUUAACUAAAAUGACAAGUGAAGUCACGAUAGCAAGUGACGUCACAUUAGUAACUACGACGAAUGACGUAAGAUCAACAGCAGUGAGUACUGACGUCACAUCGACUACAACAGCCAGUGACGUCACAUUAACUAAAACGACUAAUAGUGACGUCAUGAUAGCAAAUACGACCGCAACUAGUGACGUCACCUCAACAAUGCUUAGUACUGCAAGGCCCACAACAGUUGGCAAUAAUGUUAUAUUAUCAACUACGACAACUGGCAAGACAACGACAACAACAGUGAAACCGAGAGACGCCAUCUUGUUUGUUCCGGGUCCUUUUAAUUUUAACGAGGCUGAAAAAGCGUGCUCAGACAUUGGUCAGCGGAUGGCGCUAAAGCAUGACAUGGAAAAUGCUUUUGAACAGGGCUAUGAGAGGUGUACGUAUGGGUGGUUGGGCGACAUGCACGCUGGUUACGUCAUGCAAAAGGAGGGCGCUAGACAGGCAUGCGGGGGUGGGAUCAUUGGUUUGAUUUACACACCAUUGAAGAAAUCCAAUGACGUCGUUUCUGGUGUGUAUUGUUCUCCAAAAGCCGAAUACGAGGACACAGCAGACCACACAGUUCAAAACAAUAAGACAGUAAACUGGUGGACGACGCUAGACCCGGCAGAUUCUCAUACGUUGAAAAACAUUAUACAAACCGACCAAUCAGAAGACAAAUCGUUGCUGACGUCACUACGAAUAGUUUUUCCUUGUUGCAACUUUAUCAACGUGACGAGUAACAAGAAGAAUGAAACACAACUAACAUUAAGGGUAACGAAAGACCAAAUGUCUUUCCUCGCUCAAGCAUACAGGGAGUCUUUCAAAGGCGUAUCUUUAAUGCCGCAUGUUGGCGUUACAUACGCAGCCAUGCUGACGUACACGGAGGAAAUAAUCGACGAGUUGGUUCAAACAUUGGUGACGUCACAUGUGGAUGGGAUGGUAGUCGACUAUGAGCCCGUUAAAGAUUACAACACAGAACAUGCAGAGAAAUAUAGGACAUUCCUGGAUCGACUUGCAGCGAAGUUUUCACCUCACGACCUAAAGUUAGGGAUGAUGACGUCAUCAUGGGGCAUUCUUAAGUAUUAUGACGUGUAUGCGAGUUCCAACUGCACUUUCAUCGGUUCCAUGUCGAGUACUUACUUCGGUACAGACCUCGAGGAAAACGAGGCGAACGUCGAAGAAAUGGCUACGUCUAUAGAACCAGACCGAUUGUAUAUCGGCAUUGGAGCAAUGCAUGAUAACUCUACUGUGGGCGGACGAGACUACGACUGGACUGAAGGAAAACUGAAUUCAUUCCUUUACUGGUUGAAUGAAAAGGGUAUUGUCAAUUUGCAUGUUUACCCAGGAGAUUGGAAACGUCUGAAUGCGUUCGCGCCGUAUUUUGUAAACUCGUUGCGUUAUUUUAUAUCACUGUAACUAGAGCACUGUGUCUUCCGCAAUCAUAUUUAUUAAACACUGAGAUAUAUUUG